GGUACUAGUUGCGACUGCUCUACUGCGCCAGCGCAGCCGCAGCCGCAUCUCUGCCCGCCGCCGCCGCUCGCGAACCAAGCCCAGGAAGGAACAAGGACUGGCCGCACCGCAGCGCGAGACACCGUAGCUCAGGCCAAGGCACUGUAGCUCAGUAAAGAACAACGCCGCGCCAAAGAUGUCGAGCUACGACCGCCCGCCCAGCGCCGACCGCCCGCGCAAGAAGCGGAGCGAGCACAAGAAACGAAGCACGAAGAAGAAGCCCGCGGGUCCCGAGCCCGAGCACCGGAGGCUCGCCAAGCAAUUGAAAGAGUUGGAAGCGCAGGGCAAGAAGAACUCGUCCCAGUACAAGAAGAUUGCGUUAGAUCACCGGAACGCGCUCUCGUCGGCUCUGAGGGAAAUAGGCUGCGAUCUGACGGACGCGGAACUACGAGGCCUCAAUAGGCCCGACGCCGAGGGCGAGGUGCCACUACAUAAGGUAGUGUACGAAUAUUUCGCGCUCCAGCAGGGCGCCAAAGGCUCGACACAAAGAAGCAGGAUGGACGCCUGCGUCACGAAAGCAAGGGCUCUAUGCGAGGCUGGAGCUAGAGUAGAUCACAGGAAUAAAUACGGCGACACCCCAUUAUUAGCCGCUGCGCAAACCGACGCCGCGGAAAUCGCUUCCGUAUUACUAGAGUAUGGUGCCGACUUAACAGCUAAAAACCGGCAGGGCUACGCUCCCCUGUUGAUGGCGGCCUCCGAGAACCGUCCAGCAGCGGUCGCUGUGUUGACGCCCGAGAUGGUCGCGCGACGGAAGUCGUUGGAUGAUCGUUCAGGAGGCUAUGCUGCCCUCCACUGGUGCUGUAUUAAUGAUGCCCCGCAAGCCGUUAAGAUACUCCUCCAACAUAAGGCGGACAAGAACUUGAGGACGGACCCCGACGGGCACACGCCGCUCAUGAAGGCCGCGGCUUACAAUGCGGCAGCUUGCGUUGAAUUACUUUUGAGAGCGCGAUGCGACGCCACGGCCACGGACAAUGAUGGGAGGACCGCCUUGCACCACGCGGCGAAGAACAAAGCUACGCUGUGCGCCCAGAUGUUAGUUGCCAGUGGUGUUCCUGCGGACGUCGUCGACCACCACAACCAGAAAGCUAUAUUUUAUGCGGCCGUCGCGCGGUCGAAGCCGUGCGUUGCUGCAAUAUCGGCUUCUAUUCCGAACUUCUCCAAGACGCCCGAUGCUGCUCGGGUGAAAUUGAUAUUGGAGGGGAAGCGGGUCGCGGCGGACGACGACGAAGAUUUGUCGGGGCAAGGAGGCUGCUUCGGCGUCGGGGGGUGCUUCUAA